AUGAUAUAAAAUUGGAUCGGGAAAUUAUUAUUUAAUAUUUGCGGUGAUCUAGUUGAGGUAUUCUAAAUGAUUCUAUUUAUAUCAAGGAUUUUCCAAACAAUGAAAUUGAAAUAAACAAAUGGUAAGGAGUUGGUGAGAAAAGAAACCUAAAAUUUAAAUAAAAUAAAGUAAGAGAAUGGAUGAUGGAAUAUUUUGGAUUAAAUGUAGAUGUAAAGAGAGCUGAAAUUGAAUUAUUAUAAUUUAAAAUUCCAUGGAAUAGAAUUUGGAAAGAACCAACCAAAAUACUUGUCAAAGAUGCCUAUAUUUGUGUAUAAACAAGAAAUGAAUUCUCUCUUGAAUUAAUACGUCUAUAAUACUAAAAUGAUCUAAAAGAUUUCAUUGAACAUUGCUACAAGAAACUCUUUAAUAAUUUUACUAAUACAAAAAAAUAAAGCAAACUUAAAAGAGUUCUCAAAAAUUUCUUUUCUGAAAUGAUCAUCUUAGAAGUUUAAAAUUUUCAUCUCAGAUUAGAAGAUGAAAAUAAUGCUGUAAAGCACAAUCGUGUAGCAUUAGGUGUAUUAUUUAAAACUCUAACCUUAUAACCUUCAUAUAAUAAUAAAAAUGAAUUAGAAAUUAAAAGAAAAUUAGAUUUUUCUGUUGAAGCUUUAACAAUGUAUUUAAAAAUUGAACCUAUAUCUAAACAAUCUACUGGUAUUUCACCUGAUCACCUUGAAUAGCAAGUAUAAUAAUAAUUAUAAUUAUAUAGAAUAUUUUAAUAGAUCCAUUAUAAUUUAGAAUACUUAUCCACACUAAUUUAACAUAAUAAGAAGAAAUCCCUCUUAAAUAUAUUGAAAUUUAAUUUGGUGAUGAUGUAAUCUUAUUAUCUAUAAUAUUAGAUUAAACUAAAUAUUGAUGAUUAAUAAUUUUAAACUAUUCUUAAAUUAUUAAAAUUAAGAGAAUGGUAUUGUCAAUAAGGAGAUCAUUUAUAAUAUAGACCAUAAUAUAAAUCUAGUCCCAAAGAUAAUGCUUCCGAAUGGCUACUUUAUUGGAAAGAAAUUGUUAAAGUUAUGAGAUAAAGAAUUAAUAAAUAAAAAAUAGCAUUAAAAGCUAAAAUGAGAAAUGAUUUAGUUAAAUACAUUAUUGUUGAUUUCCUUCAUUAAUAAUAUUAACAAAAUGAUGAUAAUAAAUAUUAAUAUGAAGAUUAAAUGAUGUUAUAUACAGAAAUGAUGCAAAAUAAAUAAUAAUUAGAAGAAAAACUCUUAUAAGAAGAAAUAGAACUUGUUUUUUAUAAAGUGAGUAAAAUAUUAAACUCUCCAGAAUAAUUGAAAGAUAUUCUAGUCAAAAUGAAUCUAGAAUAACCAUAAUAAUAAGAAAAAAAAUAAACUAUUUGGUCAUAUUUUUGGAAAUAAAAGUAAUAACCAGAAGAGGGUACAGAAUUUCAAUCUAAAUAUGAAAAGUUGUACACCUAAAUAAGCUAAAAUGAAAAUAGAUGUUUGAAAAGACUAGAAAUAAGAAUUUCAAAUAUAUUGGUAUUUCUUUAUUUUAUUUAGAUUAAUCUCAAAAUAGCCUAAGAAAGAUCUACUGUGUUUAUGAAAAUAGAGUUAUAAGAAUCCCUUUUAUAGUAUGAAUCAUUUUAAAAGAUCAGAAAAUUUAUAUUGAAAUUUAAAAGAAUCACUGCAUAUGAUUGUUUAAACCCAAAUAAGGAUUUUUAAACCAUUUUUUGUUAUCAUUCCUAUAUUGAAAGAUCUUAAAGAAAUCAGUAUUUAAGUUAAGAAUAAUCAUAAAUCGAAACUUCUUUUGAAUACAAUAAAGAAGUGAAUAAAUCAAUUUUUAAAGUUAAAUCAUUACCUCAUUUAAUGUCUUUAAAUGAUACAGUUUUAGCACGUCUAUAGCCAUUUCUUAAACAAUUAAGAAAAAAUGAUUAUUUUUAUGACAUAGUCUUCAUAAGUUAAGGUAAUUUCAAAAAAAGUGAAUUUGUAAAUGUGAUAUCUAAAUUAUGCAAAGCAAAUAGUUUAAUAAUAGACAUUAAUCUAUCUCAUGUUACAAUAAGAAUUCCUGAAAGUGCAAUUAAAACAAAUUGUCCAGUUUUAGAAAUCACUUUAGAAAAUUACCUUUUAUAAUUUCAUAAUACAGUGAUAUAAUAAAUAAAUAAAUUUGCUAUAAAUUUUUAAUAUGUUGAAAAGAAUAGUAAAUAAUCUAUUCAUAUAUUACAACCAGUUUCAUUAACAACAAAAGUAGUGUAAUAAUAAUAAAAUCAAGAUGAAGGAACAUCGACUGAAUAAACUGACCUUAUUUUUGAAAACAAAAUUAGCGAUAUAUUUAUAACAAUUCCUAUAUUGAAGACAGAUUUUUUUAAAAAUUUUGUUUACAAUGUUUUAGGAACUUUAGACAAUUUAAAAAAGAUUUCAAUAUUUUUAUAAAAGGAAGAUUCUGUUAAUUAAUCAUCAUCAGUCAAUUCAGUAAAUAGAAGGAAAAGAUCAAGGUCUUGGUCUAAAUAAAGAGAUUAAUCAUCCAGAAGGGAAGAUUGUUCUUCUUAAACUAGUGAAAUAUAUUAUGAUGCUGAAGAAUUUAUUAAUAUUCCUUUUAUUUAAUCAAUAAAUCACAGUAGACAAUAAGUAUCUCCUUAAGAGAAGAGAGAAGAAAUGCUUAAAAAAUGGAAUAAAAUUAGAAUCAAUCUCAAUUAUUUAGUUAACAAAAUAUUUAAAGAAGCUGAUCCAAAAAUUAGUAAAUUUCUUGAGUCUUUAAGAUUAAAAGCAGUAUUUGAAUUACAAAAAUUUUAAAUCAAAGUUGCAAUUUAAAAAAAUAAUGAAAGAAAUUCAUAUUUUUUUAUUGAAAAUAUUAAUCUUACAAUUUAAAAAGCAUUUAAAGUCAAACAUUUUGGAUUAUAGUUAGAUAUUAAUACUAUUACUUUAUCAAUAUAUAAAUUACAUUAAUUAAAAAAAUUGAAAAAAUAUUCAGGUCCUUAAUCUGAUGAUAUAAUGGCUCAUAUAAAUGAAGAUAUGCUUAAUUUGCUACCUUUUUUAUUAAGGAUAAAAGAAUUGCAAAUUUAUUAUUUAAUAUCAAUAAAAGAGAUUAAAUUAGAAUUAUAAAAUAUCAAAGAAACUAAUUAAAAUUACUUAGCAGCAUAUCUAAAUAAUUUCAACCUUCAAAGUUAAUUACCUUUCAAAAUUAUGUAUAAGGAGAAAUUAUCUGAUAAACCAUUUUUUUUAGAAAUAAAUAAUUCUGUAUCUUCAUGGGAUACAACAUGUAAUUGCAAAUUUAUUUUAAAUAUAUUAUAUUUUAAUGGAAAACUCAAAAAUUAUGAACCUAUUUUGGAAACUUGUGAAGCAAUUAUAACUUUCUAAAAAAGUUCAGAAGAAUUAUGCUUUGAAACAAAAUUUAAUCAAUUAUUAUUUAAUAUAACUCCAUAACUCAUAUUUACAUUUUGCCAAUUAAAUCAGCAUUCAUUAUAAAUUAAGUAGUUUUUAUUAUAAGAUUUAAAUAAUUCCUAAGAUUAGAUUGUUGUACAAAAACAAUCUUUAACACAAAAAUUUGAAAUUGAAAUUGAAAAUGAUUUUGCAAAAUUGUUAGUCGAUUAAGUAGAAAUUUAACACUCCUAACAUUAUAAAACUAAAUAUAGAAUAUAAUUAUAAACUGCUAAUUCUGAUGAUGAAAUUUCUAAUGAAAAAACUACAUUACAUUCACGACAUGUUACAUUUCAUGAUUAAGAUCCAUCUCCAUAAAUGAAAUAAUAAACACCUAGUUUUAAAAAAUAAAAAUCAUUAUUAGAAGAAGAAAUUCUUUAAAAUUAAUAAACUGAUAAAGACCCAAUUAAAAGAAUUGCAAGCGAAAUUGAUGUUUCUGAAAAGUAACGUUUUGUGACUGAGAUUUUAGGAGAUUAUUUACCUAUUGAACAGAGUACAAAAUACAUAUUUGUAAAUUUAACUGUUUAAAAAUUAUUAUUUAAUUUGAAUGGCAUUGAAUAAUAUAUAAAUGAAAAAGAAAGUAAAUUUGUUAGAUGCACUGAAGUCAUGGCAUUUAAAAUUACCUCUCAAAGAAAUUUUUAUAGAUAUAGUUCUGUAAUUAAAACUAAAGAAGAAAGGACAUUUUUUUUGAAAACUGAUAAUAGAGAUCAUAAAUUAAAAACUAUAUAUUAUUUACUUUCAAUCAUAAAUAGAAAUUAAAAUUAAAUUAUCAUUUAUCAAAUAGAAUAAUUACCGAAAGCACCUUAUUUAAUAAAAAACAGAUGUUCCUAACUAAUAAUAUUCUAUUAAUAAAAUUUUGAAAAAUAAUAAUGUGUCUUAGAACCUGGAAAAUCUUCAGGCUUUUGUUGGGAGGAUCCUUUUUAAGCUCCAUAAUUAUAAUUAGAAAUUCAUUAUGAGGGUUAAACAAAAAGGUUUCUAAUUGAUAUUGAUAGAUUUAACAAUUAAGAAUUACAAAUUGAUAAACAAAUAGACUCAACUAUUGAUAAAGAAUAUAGUUUAGAAAUAUUUAAUGAUGGAUUAUAAAAAGUGAUUGUUUUAGCUGAAGCUGAAUCCUUAAAAAAGAAAAAAAAAUCAUAUAAAAUAACUUGUGAUUUAAUAGGAUUUUCAUUUAUUGAUGAAUGGGAAAUUUUAUAUGCAGAAGUGAAUAAAACCUAGUAUAUUUAAUAAUAAUAAUCGACUGAUAUUGUAACUUAUUAGAUAUCAGCUGAAAAUAUUUAACUUGAUGCAUGUGGAUUACCAAUACCAAAAAGAUAAUUAUACAUCAUAAACAAUUAAAUAAACAGUUUGAAUAAAUCUACUGGAUAAAAAAAGCCAUUAAUUUAAUCAUAAAUAAUGCAAGACACUUCCUCAUCACAUAGAGAAUAAUUAAAAUUAAAAAUCAAGCAAAAAACUAUUUCUGAAAUUUUGGUGCAUUUAAAAUACGUAAAAAUACGAAUUCCAAAUUACAAAAUUAUUGUGGAUAGUAAUUUAUUAUUAUAAGUGUUUUCUUUUAUUAAACAUACUAAACAAUUACUAGAUGCUUUUGAUACUCCAAAAUAAAAAUUCAAGUCGCUUUUAUUGUAACAAUCAUUUGAUAAGUUAAAUAAUUCAAACAUUAGUGAUAAACAAAUAUAAAUUUAAGCAAAAAAAAUUCAUAUAGAUAAAGUUAUAAUUAGACCUUUUUAGAUAAAAAUGAGGUUUAAAAAUUUGUUGAAUAUUGAAUAAGAACUUAAGACCCUACAUCAUAAAGCAGGGUAUUUAAUUUAAUAUUUAUAAUUAGCUUAAUCACUUUUGUUCUUAAUUAAUUUUAAAAAUUAAACCUUGAAUUUUAACAAUAUGUGAAAAAAGAUUAUUAAUAAUUUAUGGAUGCAAAUUACGAUCUUCAUAUUAAAGAAUUAUUUACUGUAUUUGGAGAUUCAAUAAGUCAAUAAGUAAAAAAUUUUUGAUAUUUCUAGAUAAGAUGUCAAGUAAAUCCUGCAAAUUUCUUAAAAAAUUAAGGUAAUCUUGCUAAUUAAUUCAUACAAGAAUUAAAUAAUUUAUAAAGUGAGAUGGAUAAAAAUGAUAUUUUUUAAGGCGGAUUACCUUUUAAAUUCUAAUUACUUUAAACUUUUUGUGUUAUUAGUAAAUCACUUUAUGAUGCUGCCUAAGAGACCUUUGUAACUGUCAUGUUGGGAAUUGGAACAUAUUGUGAAACUACACAAGUAGAUUAAAAUAUUUAAAGAACAUCAUUCUCAAAUAAGUUAUCAAAAUUAUUUAGAAGAGUUUCAGAUUUUUAAUUUAAAAGUCAAAAUACUUUAGAAAUUUCUUUUUAAAUGUUAAUAUCUAAAUUGAAAACAAGAAGAUUUCCUAAAUAUAUUCAUAAAAACAAAUAAAUCAUUUUAUACAACGAAGAUCUCUCUAAAUUUUAACUUUAUAGAUUAUGGAAAUUAGGACUGGAAUAAUAAUUUGAUCAUUUCUAAUUGUCUAUGAAUAGCUACUUAUUUUUAUCAAACUAACUUUUUAUUUUAUUGGAUACAUAAUACAAUUAAAUUUUAUUAGAAAUAAAUUAAAGAAUGUUUUAAUCUAUUACUAAUACAAAUUCUACUUGUGUAAUUAAAUAUUAUAAAUCUAAUGCAAAUAAGUACGAAGGUGAUGACGAUAUUGGUAUGAAGCAAUUAAAAGUAGAAAAACUAAUGCUAAACUUUACAAUAGAUGAAAAUGUAUUAUCAACAAUUACUAAUAUAAUUAAAUCUAAUGUAGAAAUCCUUAAUGUUAAAGAAAAUAAAAUAUUUAGUAUUAUGAUGCUAAUUUGA